AUUAAAAAAAAUUUAGUAUGAGCUGCAUUAUUACAUUUAUUUAUAGUGCCAUAAUCUGUCCUCAGUUUAUUUUCACUCGUCCGUCGGUUUACAAUAAAAUUACUGUACCUUGGAUAAUACCUUUAAAAUGACGUCGAAAUCAACCACGGUGGUAGUGGUCAUACUAGUGCUGACAGCAUUAGUUUCCGUAAGGGCCCAGUUCGAUUUCUUUCAAAGUGCUAUUGUCUCAAUGUUCCCGUCGGAUGCCGAAGUCGCCGUGCCCGUUUCCACGCCACCGACAUCCAAAAUCGCCAACACCGACAAUGAUCAACAAAACAAUGAUUGCGUUUGCGUGCCCUUCAACAUGUGCCCCGGUUACGAGUCCAAUAGCGACGGAAUCAACCUAAUCGAUGUCAGGAUAAACCUGGGUCCGUGUUCGAGUUACUUGGAAGUUUGUUGUAACAACGCAGUGACUUCGACGACUUUGCCCCUAGAUCAGGACAAAGGCAACUCGAACGGUAACGGUGAAUUUCAAGAACAAGUCACUGCUCAACCCGAAUCCGGACAAGACUACACGACCACCGCCGUGUACGAAUAUAACCCCGAGUACAACCCCCCGAACACCACCCCAGAGUAUUACAACACUCCCGAGUCAUCGUCCAGCUCGUCUUCGUCCAUUAACACUGGCGCUUCGCAGCAGAGUUCCGACGGUGGAAACACCUGUGGCACUUGGAACAGAGGAGGCAUAGGAUUCAGAGUGGUCAAUACGGUCAACAGCGAGUCGCAGUACGCCGAGUAUCCGUCCAUGGUGGCGAUAUUCAGAGAGGAUAGAUCAAACUCUGCCGGAAACCGACUGUUUUACCAUUGCGGCGGUUCGUUGAUCAAGCCCAACGUCGUUUUGACGACCGCGCAUUGCGUUAUUCAGAAAGAUCCUUCGACCAUCGUAGUUAGAGCAGGCGAAUGGGACUUGCAAACCGAAAAGGAAAUAUUCAUGCACCAAGACCGUCGAGCGUCCAGAAUCGUUACCCACAAUGAGUAUUAUGCCGGAGGACUACACAACGAUGUGGCUUUAAUAUUCAUCGAAGACCCGUUUGUCUUGCAAGAAACUGUCAAGACGAUAUGCUUGCCACAGCAAAACCAACAGUUUGACCUCGCGUUGUGCUUCUCGAGCGGUUGGGGCAAAGAAGUAACUACAAACAACUACACUAUCUCAAGGAGGACAUCGGAAGGUGUAACUCAUGAAGUUGGCCAUUACAAUGUGAGCAUAUUGAAAAAAGUAGAGCUGCCCAUUGUUCCCAGAGAUAUUUGCGAGAACACCCUUAGAGGCACCAGACUCGGUCCAAGAUUUAGAUUGCACGAGAGUUUUAUAUGUGCCGGCGGCGAAGAAGGGAAAGACACAUGUAAAGGUGACGGCGGAAGUCCACUAAUGUGCCCGUCAGAUGAUCCUGAUAUUUUAAUACAGGCAGGAAUCGUGGCCUGGGGUAUAGGAUGUGGUUUACAUCAAAUCCCUGCUGUUUAUGUGAACGUGGCUCAAUUCCGGAAUUGGAUCGACACAGAAAUAUCAGCUACGGCUAAAAAAUAAUAUAUAUUUUUUUGUGUAAGUCCCCCAAAGAACUCUGUUCCUUAAAACUUAACGAAAAACUAAUAAAUUGUCCAAACGCGUAUGCUGAAAAAUUGCACGUUCUGUUUUUAUGAAUAACAAUGUGUUAGUAAAAUUUUGUAGUAAGACGUACAUUUAAUGUAAAUAUUUAACUAGUUCAAAAAUUAAAUAUUUUUUUUUUCACCUCCACAACGAAAAAUGGAUACGAAAAUGGAUAAUGAAGGCUAAAAAAAAAAUUAAAAUUAGUUAUUGAACCAUUCUAAUGUAUUAAACUUAAAAUGUAUAGCAUUUAUAUAUUAUACUUGUUUUUAUACUAUAUAGCUGUAUACGACCUAAUGACUAAUGUUAAAGGGAUUUUAUGUUAUUAUUAUUGAUAAGAACAGUUUAUAACUUAUAAAUAACUUUUGUUUUAUGCAAAUAAAUUUAUCGAUAAAAAAUGUUCAUUGUAACGCUUCAGGUAUUAACUUUAACAUACUAAAUGUAUACCUAAAUUAUUCAAAGGGUACA